CCGCCAUGACUGCCUUCAGUAGUCCUUAUGUCAUAAUCCUUUACGCGUCAACUCUCACCCCGUCACUCCACCUCCACCGUCGCCCACACACCCUCAACGCAAAGUGAAAGUGAAACAGCCUUCUUCAAUCCCUUCCUCCCAAUCAAAACGCCGCCUCACCGCUCCCGUCCACGCGUCGUCUGUCACCUCGCUUCACCGUCCACAGCUCCCCGCGAGCCAGAUAAGUCCCGUCCCCCGCCUCCAUCUGCGAGACUUCUUUUCCCUCCCAGUCCGAGCAGCCAACGACGACAACAACUUGCGACCUUCUCUGCACUUCUACCCUUCUUUGAACUGAGCCUCACCGUCUCCAUCACUACUACCUUCAACAAUGCCGACGGAGGAGGAAAACGUUCAGUACCUGUACCUCGUGCUCACGGCUGGAGGUACGCCUACCAUCGACUGGUCGGCCGUCACCGCAGACCUCGCACCCCUCAAGAUCGGAGCCGUCAAGAAGCGCUGGUCCCGCCUCAAGCAAGCCCUGGAGCAAGGCAAGAACCCCGGGCCCUCAGCUCAACAGCUGCUAUGGCUGUGCGUGAAGCACAGUUCGCGUGAUAAGCCGCUCGACUGGAACCUCAUCGCCGAGAAAUGCAACACCACUCCCGGGGCAGCCUCGAAGCGCUAUUCGCGCAUGAAACAAGCCUUCGAGAGCGGUACUGCCGUCCCGCCAGCUUCCGCCUCAGCUACCAAUGGCAAGUCCUCCGGCGCGGCUGCAAGGUCCAAGAGGAAGCGUGCCGAUGCCAAAGGCAAAGCGACGGGCAAGGGUAAAGACAUGGGAAGUGCCGACGAGGAGACCGAUAACGACGGAGGGAACAAGAGCCUGGACGUCAAGAAGCAGGACGACAAGCCCAAGCCUAAACGCGCUCGCACCACCAAGAAAGCCGCUGCCGUCAAGAAGGAAAACCUCAUCGAGAGCACGCAGCACGAGAUCAACGGCGACGGCAACGGAAACGGCGAGGACGACGUCCUGCCUUCUGAGCAGUUGAUCAGCGAGCUGGAAGCUGCCGUUCAGGAUGCGCAGGCGAAGUACCACGGCGGCGGCGUCAGCGACGAGGGUGAGGGUGACGAGGAGCUCGAUGACGAGGAGAUGGAGGAGAUGGAGGUUGAGAAGACGCAAGCUCAUUUCAAGGUGAAGGGGUGGCUGAAGAGUCUUGAGGGAGUGGGCGUGGAGGCUUUCUAG